AUGAAGUACAUUCUUUCGCUGUCUCUGCUGAGUGUGGUCUUUGCCCUCCCUGCGCCCCAGGGCGGCCCCGACCCCGCCGACCAUGCAUACGACAAGUUUGAAUUCCGGGUUGGGCACAUAAACAACAACGGCGACAAGGCUUACGCCGCGUGGGUCGCGGGCGAAAGCUCGUGCAACCAGCGCAACCGCAUCGGCGAAGGCGUCACCAGCUGGUGCGAGAACGGCGGCCGGUGGGCCACCGUGCCGUACCCGGAGGCGCCCAACGGCCAGAUCGAGAUAAAGUUCAUCUGCGACCCCGCGGACACGGAGUAUGGACACGUCACCUACCAGCUGAAGUCUGGAAAGGAUGGCUCAUGCACCAAGGCCGACGAGAACUUCCCCAAGUGCCCCGAGGUCAGGACGGUUCUGAACUGCGUUCCCAACCCGUAA